AUGAUUACUCCAGAUCAGUACAAGAAAUCUGGGGUACCUGUUUCGGGCAGAAUACUUAAUUGUGUAACGCAAUUACCGGGACAGAUUUUUCGGACACACGACAAAAGAUGGGAUGUCAAGAGCCUGCGAGGUUCAUCUGCAUUGUACGCAUCAAACAAGUACUUACAGACUCACACCGAUUGGGAGACGCAUCUAAUUGGAUGGACUGGAGAGCUCUAUGAAGAAAAUGAGACGGUUCCAAGAAGCAUUCCUGAAGCACAAAAGAUCGAGAAUGAUCCUUUAUAUUUAUCUAAUGAGGAUAAACAAAAUGUUGAAGAUCAAAUUAAGUCUAAUGAUUUAUUGUACGGGAAAGCGUCGGCCGGUGAAGAAGGGCCAGCCAGAAUUCAUGCAGUUUGGCUUUUAAGAAAAGAUCAAGAUCGUUGGAGACAAUAUGCUGAAAACGUGUUGUGGCCGGUCUUGCAUUAUCAACUUCCAGAGGCAACAGGCGGAAAUGAACAGAUUCAGUGGUGGACUGAUUAUGUUAAAUUCAAUGAAGCAUAUGCAGCCAAGGUUCGAUCUAUUUACAAACCGGGAGAUAUAAUUUGGGUGCAUGAUUAUUACCUAUUGCUCCUACCGCAAAUCCUUAGAAUGGAAAUUCCAGAUUCGUAUAUUGUGCAUUUUUUGCACGUACCAUUUCCUUCGUCGGAAUAUUUCCGAUGUCUUUCAAAGCGCCAAAUUCUACUCGAUGGUCUUUUAGGUGCAAAUCAGGUUGGUUUUCAAAGUUUCUCUUUUUGCAGGCAUUUCUUGAGCUGCUGCACUCGACUUUUAGGGUAUGAUGUCAAUCCUAAAUGUGUUUUUGUUCACUCUGCGAAAGUUCUGGUAGAUGCUUUUCCUUUGGGUGUGGAUGUCGCAAUGAUGAGUAAGAACGCGUUUGUUCCAGAAGUCACAGCUAAAGUUUCUCAAUUGAAAAAGCUCACAUCAGGAUGCAAGCUUAUCGUUGGUAGAGAUCGCUUGGAUUCAGUUCAUGGUGUGGUUCAGAAAUUAGAGGCAUUUAACCAAUUCCUAGAAUUGUUCCCUCGUUGGGUCGGACAUGUUGUUCUGAUUCAAGUAUCCUACACACCUCCGACCCUUUUGCCAUUUCACACAUCAACUCCAGCAAAAAAAGUAGCAGAACUAGUCACCAAGAUUAAUGGACGGUAUGGUACUUUAGAUUAUACCCCGGUACUGCAUUACCGUAUGCCAAUACCAAGAUCUGAGUAUUUGGCUUUGCUACGUGCCGCUGAUAUUUGCCUUGUCACGUGUGUUCGUGAUGGUAUGAAUACUACUGCCCUUGAAUACAUUGUUUGUCAGAAAGAGAAUGCAGCUCCAUUGGUUCUCUCUGAGUUUUCAGGAGCUGCCUCGCUUCUUCCGGAUAGUUAUCAAGUAAAUCCUUGGGAUACGGUUGGUGUUGCACGUACACUGAAUGACUGUCUUUUACUUCCUGAAGAACGUAGAAAGGUUGUCGAGAAUCGUUGUCAUGAUUCUGUCUGCAAACACAGUGUCCAGCAUUGGACAGAGGCUGUACUUAAGUCCUUACUAGAAAGUCUCAUGCUCAAAGAGCAUAAUAAUGAAGAUGAAUCCUUAAGCGAUAACAAUUUGAAAGUGGAUAUGAAGGAUACAUCUGAAAUGAGCAUCGAUGGAAUGCUGGAUCCAAAUGAGGCGUUGAGGAAAAAGGAAAGGGCUGAAGUAAAGGAGUCUCUCACGACUUCCCAGCCAAAAAGUGGCCUAUUGAAGCCCACUCCGUAUCUCAACAAACCUCUAUUACUUCAGUGUUACAAUAGUGCUGUACGCAAGCGUCUGUUUUUGUUUGAUUACGAUGGAACUCUUACACCGAUCGUUAAGGAUCCAUCUGCUGCAAUUCCUUCUGCUAGACUUUUGAGCUUACUCAGUGAUCUUUUAAAUGAUCUGCAAAAUGUUGUGUGGAUAGUCAGUGGUCGUGAUCAAAAGUUCUUAGAGAAAUGGUUUGGAGCACGCUUUCCGGCAUUAGGGCUUAGUGCGGAACACGGUUGCUUUGUGAAACCUCCAGGAAGUACAAAUUGGACAAAUCUUGUGGCAAAAAUGGAUCUGUCGUGGCAAAGGGUCGCAGAAGGAAUCUUUGAGUAUUUCACAGAAAUUACACCAGGAUCUUUCAUAGAGAAGAAAAAGGUAGCCAUAACUUGGCAUUACAGAAAAGCUAGUCCUGAUAUAGCAUUAUUUCACGAAGCAGAAUGCUUUCAGAAACUGGAAGAUGAAUUAUCCGCGAGAGAUUACGAUGUGACUGUUAUUCGUGGUAAGGCUAACGUUGAGGUGAGACCUUUAUUUGCAAAUAAGGGUGAGAUAGCAAGACGACUUAUAUUAUGUGAAGACCCUACAGUUCAAAGACCAAAAAUGCGUGCUAGCUACAUGGACUGCCCGGAAUUUGUUCUAUGUCUGGGCGAUGAUACCACAGAUGAGGAUAUGUUCCGCGCUUUAAAUGCAAUCGCCGAAAAAUGGCAUGAGGAAAAUGUUCCGCUUACUGAUAAUCGUGCACUAGAUAGUUAUCCAUAUGGCUUGUUUCCAGUUACAGUUGGGCCUGCUAAUAAAUAUACCGUUGCCAAGGCUUAUCUCAGCGACCCCAAGCAGGUUUUAGAUACACUUGGCAUGCUCUUAGGUCAGGUUUCUAUUUUCGACACUGCCGGUUCUGUCGAAUUAGAUGACCGUGGUCAUGUGAUCAAUUCAGCAAGUGCCCGGAAAAGUCUUCAAAAUAGAAGGGCAUGGCAACAGAAAAGGCUUUCCGACUCCAAAAAAUGA